AUGGACUCCCACCAUCUUUCUCUAACUUGGGUUCUUCUUGUUUUCUUGGCAUUGCCCACAAAAUUUGCCAUCCAAGCUCAUGGGAUCAAGCCCACACGUCUCCUCGACCUCGCGAUACGAUACUACACCUUCAAAUCACACAAUAACUUCAAAACAGGCAAGUUGUAUAACAUCAAUCUACCGUCGAAUUUCGCAGGGAUCAACGUUACAACCGUCAAGUAUCGAUGCGGAAGCCUUAAAAGAUAUGGUGCAAGUAUUCAAGAAUUUAACUUGGGAGUUGGUGUGGAUGUUCAUCCAUAUGUAGAAAGAGUCCUUGUUGUAACACAAAAUUUAGGACACAAUUGGUCCAAUAUUUACUAUGAUAAUUACAACCAAUUACUAGGUUAUCAACUCGUGUCACCCGUGUUAGGGUUACUAGCGUAUAAUGCUGGCGAUGAUUCGCGAUUUAGUAUCGAAUCCGAGGUUAAAAUUUCGUCCCCUAAUGUAAAUGGGAUAAAGAUAGAUUUUAGUAAUCACACUACAAAAAAGAAUGACACUUUGCAUGGUAAGAUACAAAUGUGUGCAACAUUUGGUGAUGAUGGUAAUGUGACACUACAAAAAGAGGUUGCACCGAAUAUUUGCGCCACCACGAGCCAAGGGCAUUUCGGGUUGGUGGUGCAAUCACCAAUAUUGUUGCCGGAGAGGAAGAAGAUUAAGCGGUGGAAGGUGGCGUUUGGAAGCGCGUUUGGGGCGGCGAUUGGGGCUUUUCUUUUGGGGUUGCUUUUGGUUGCAAUGUUUGUGAAAGUGAAGAAGAAAGCAAGAUUAGAAGAGUUGGAAAGAAGAGCUUAUGAAGAGGAAGCACUUCAAGUUUCAAUGGCUGGACAUGUGAUUCGACCUCAUAAUGUUAAUAACAACCCUCAUCAUCAUCCUCGGUGA